AAAAGUUCCCUUCGCCCCCAGCAGUUAGGAGCUUUGCAGCCAGAGCAAGUCAGAAAAAUAUGUGUGUCAGGUAGGGAGGGAGCAAAGAAGAGAAAUCAGUCUUCUCUUUGGCACGGUUCCACCCUUAGCUCUGGAGAAUCUGUCUUAGAGACGGGGAUGGUGGGGGACGCCAGUUCCAGACAGCAGACAACCGAAAUUUCUUCUGCAUUUUAACAACACGGGACAAAACCAUUGGGGUUUGCUCUUGCUGGGCUAAAGACAUGGGAUGAGUUUCCAGCAAGUGUUGGCAAUGGAUGUUAGGCAUCCCAAGGUCUGGAGUCUUCUCCAUACAGUCAACUGGAGUUGAAGUUUCAUGAAGACUUUUCUAUUUUAUGGCAUUUUCUUCCACUCUGGUCAGAAAAGGUACUCAGGAUAUGUGGUACAACACCCUUCUGAGGAUUUUUCUAUAAUUCCUCCCCCCACCCCCAUUUCAACAAAUUGGCAACCAACUUUUGGCUCUCCUGCACACCAUUUUCGGAGUCAAGAACUAUGCUAGACAAUUUUAAAGGGUCUUUGAGGAUUCUGAGUUCCCUCGUUGUGUUUGGAUUUCAGCUGGUCAUUUCACAGGCUCCCAUUGAACACAGAAAGGUACCCCAAAGGAUAAAAGAUAGGAAUGUUGCCCCAGAAGAUGAGAGCGGAGGAAUCCCUGGGGUCUGGGGCAGCUGGGGACCUUGGUCAGCUUGCUCCAGAAGCUGCAGUGGUGGAGUGAUGGUGCAGAUGCGGCCAUGUCUUCCAGGAUACUACUAUGAGAGGACUUCUCACAAGCCUGGGCAGUUCUCUGCUUCAGAGAGGGCACUGGCUCAUAUCCAGCAACCGCCUCAAGAAGACUCUCUGCCUCCUUUCUCUGGUCACGUCAUCUCAGCCAUCCGUACAUCGGUUCCUCUUCACAGGAAUGAGGAACCACCACGGGCUGCUCUCUCCUCUGGAGGAGGCCGCAAUGACAGCCAUUGGAGCCGAGCCACCUCAAGAGGGAGUGAAGUUCCUCAGUCUCGGAGACGUAGCCCCAAAUCAGAAAGAAGAGGCCGGAAUAAAAGCCCCAUUGGACCUGGGAAAUAUGGCUAUGGAAAAGUUCCUUAUAUCCUCCCGCUGCAGACGGACACGGGACAAUCGACACACAAACCCCGCAAGCAACGUCAGUCCAUGCAGCCUGCACCAAACCAACAAGGGACUGGUGGCAUCUCCACUUUUGCCCAUCUGGAUAGCCCUUCCCAUCAUCAUCCUGGAGGAACCUACCAAGGUGACCACCAAUCUUCUCCAGCCAGGUCUCAGGUUGCGAGCAGCUCUUUCUAUCCACAACCGGGGUCCCAUUUUCAAUCCUUCCCAGCAGCAUCUCGAAGUUUGUUCCAGGGCACAGAACGGGGCAGGCAUCUCCCUGGAGCGUCUUAUCCACCCGUCCAAGGGCAGAUGUCUGCUCAGCCGGCCGCUGCAAUUGUGUGCACCGGGGCCUACAAGCAGUACAGACUCUGCAAUACGAACGCCUGCCUUGAGAACAGAAACAUCAGAGAGGUGCAAUGUGCGUCGUACAACAACAAGCCAUUUAUGGGCCGUUUCUAUGAGUGGGAGCCAUUUGCUGAAGUGAAGGGCAGUCAGAAAUGUGAGCUCAACUGCCGAGCGGUCGGCUAUCGCUUCUACGUGAGGCAGGCAGAGAAAGUCAUUGACGGGACACCGUGCGAUCAAAAUGGAACCUCCGUCUGCGUGUCAGGGCAAUGCAAGAGUAUUGGCUGUGAUGACUACCUGGGUUCCGAUAAGGUGGUGGACAAAUGUGGAAUCUGUGGAGGGGACAACACAGCUUGCAGGGUGAUCUCAGGAGUCUUCAAGCACAGCCUGACCAACCUUGGCUACCACAAAAUAGUAGAAAUUCCAGAAGGGGCCACCAAAAUCAACAUCACAGAGAUGUCCAAGAGCAACAAUUACCUGGCACUACGGAGUCGAUCAGGACGUGCCAUUAUCAACGGGAAUUGGGCAAUUGAUCGACCUGGGAGAUACGAGGGAGGAGGAACGAUAUUCAUCUAUAAACGGCCCAACGAGAUCUCAAGUACUGCUGGGGAAUCCUUUUUAGCAGAGGGCCCAACCAAUGAAAUCUUGGAUGUCUAUAUGAUUCAUCAACAGCCCAAUCCAGGUAUACAUUAUGAGUACAUUAUUCCAGGUCCCAACACCAUCAGUUCUCAGGUGCCUCUUCACAGACGGCCAGGGGAGCCGUUCAAUGGCCAACUGGACAUGACAGAGACCGUGAAUUACGAGGACAAAGAUCUGCACCAGGAGACAGGCAGCCACCCGAGACAACGCGGGAUGAGUCAGCCUGGAAGAUUUCCUUCCCAAGUUCCAGACAACCAAGUCCCAGUCGGUCAGCCUCCCAGACGCAGCCGGGAACAUAACUGGAAACAAACUGGAACAACUGAAUGCAGCGCUACCUGUGGGAAAGGGGCGCAAUAUCCCAUCUUCCGCUGCGUGCACAGAAACACUCACGAGGAGGUAGCCGACAGCUACUGCGACAUCAACUCCAAGCCCACCCCGGAGGAGGAACCCUGCAACCUUUUCCCUUGCCCAGCCUUCUGGGAUUUAGGAGAGUGGUCAGAAUGCAGCAAAUCCUGCGGCCUGGGGAUGCAGCAUCGCCAAGUUCUCUGCCGGCAAGUCUAUGCCAACCGCACCUUAACGGUUCAGCUACAUCGAUGCCAACACCUGGAGAAACCAGAGACGACAAGUACGUGCCAACUGAAGAUCUGCAGUGAAUGGCAAAUUCGGACAGAAUGGACAUCGUGCUCGGUUCCAUGUGGAGUUGGCCAGAAGACCCGGGAUGUAAAAUGUGUCAGCAACCUUGGGGACAUUGUUGAUGAUGAGGAGUGUAACAUGAAGCUGCGGCCAAAUGACAUUGAGAACUGUGAUAUGGGGCCUUGUGCCAAGAGCUGGUUCCUUACGGAAUGGAGUGAUCGGUGCUCGGCAGAAUGUGGGUCUGGUGUUCGAACCCGUUCCGUGGUCUGUAUGACCAACCACAUCAGCAGUUUGCCACUGGAGGGUUGUGGCAACAACAGACCCUCGGAAAGUACCCCCUGUGACAACGGGCCUUGCCUGGGGAAAGUCGAGUGGUUUGCUGGCAGCUGGAGUCAGUGUUCCAUCGAGUGUGGCAGUGGCACCCAGCAGAGGGAGGUCGUCUGUAUCCAGAAGACCGAGAACCACUUCGAGAUGCUGAAUCCCCACGAGUGCGCCUUCCUGCAAAGACCCCCCAGCCAGCAGACCUGCAACCUCAAGCCUUGUGGUGCCAAGUGGUUCAGUACCGAAUGGAGCGCUUGUUCCAAGUCAUGUGAAGGCGGCUUUCGAAUUCGGGAGGUGCGAUGUCUGUCAGAUGACAUGUCCCCAAGUACCAAAUGUGACUCCCAGCUGAAGCUGGUGGAAAAGGAAUCCUGCAACACCCAGGACUGCAUGCCUGACAUAGAUGAAAACUGCAAAGAUAAAUACUAUAACUGCAACGUUGUGGUGCAAGCCCGCCUCUGCGUGUACACGUAUUACAAGACGGCCUGCUGCAUAUCCUGUUCCAGAGUGGCGAAUCGGCAGUCGGGCUUUUUGGGGAGGCGAUAACAGCUGCUCCGUCCCGGGCUUCAGACCUGUGCCUCAGCUCCCGCAAGCUGUUUUCACAACACUUCCACCUUUCCAAGAGUGGUUCUUUUUUCCCCAUAAUGAUGGGCACCUCUGGUGAUGGAAGCACCUCUGGGGGAAUAUCACUAACACACACUGUAAUAAAAACAUUGGGGAAACCCAUGCUGUAACGCUGGACCUUCAAAGCUUUAGGCAUGAGGAUACAUGCUGAUGGAUGGAUGGAUGAUCUGCUAUCAGGUCAUUGAUGACUCCUAGCAACCUCAUAGAUUUUCUCCAUGUCAACCUGUUGUCCCUCACCUGCUUUUUCAGCUCUUCAGGAUGCAUGACAAGAGAGGUAGUCUUCAAACUUACAAUCAGAAUUGGGACUGGAAUUUAUGUCGUAAGUUAUUGCAGUUGUUAAUUGACAGUAGAAGGCACGGGGGCUGAUAGAAAUCUGGCACUUCUGGGAUGAAGUGGGAGAGGUCUUUGCAUUGUCCAUUAGCUGUUGACUAGGUUAGAAGUGUUGUCGAAGCAAGACUACCUGGCGUCUCACAGUCUCUUUGAAGGGCAAGGACAGAUCUGGAAGAACCUCAUGCAAACAACUCUUGGUUGGCUUGACUUGAGUCAAGUUGACCUACCCAACCCAUGUUCUCUUUGAUUUAUGAAAAGACAACUUCAUGGAGGGCUGUGCAGGGGAGGAAUGUUUUAUGUAGAAAUGGAUUCCUUCCCUCCUCACCUCACAACUCUUGCAGAAUGGUGGGGUGGGUUUUUUUUCCAAUUAUUUCAGUUGUCUUUCAGUAAACAAGCAUGUUGUUUCAGGUUCACCACAUUCCUUUCUUCAGCUAUGGAGCAAGUUUAAGUAACCCAUGUUUCUGGCCUCCAUUUUUCAUUUCUAGGAUCGUUCCGCCAGACUUCCAUCUGGGCUAAGAACAUUUGCUGAGUUCUGUUAUUUCCAUUCCCUGUUCUUGGAGAAGUGGAGAACCUUAUUCUGAGUUCCAACAUAACUAUGUUUAUAUCACCUCCAGCUACUGAGAAAUCAAUCAGGGUAGAUCUCCCACAGCUUCCUUCAUUUCUGGACCCAGAAAUAGACAUCUCAAGUACGUGUCUUGCUCAUUUCCAAGAGAAGAAGUAUUAGGAACUCAGAUUUCAUUUCUGAUGCUGAUUUUAGCUCAAGAAGAAAAGAUUUUUACUCAUUCCACCUCUCCCCCCCCCCAUUUUAGCUCAGAUCACAGUUGCCUUUGCAGUAAACAAGACCAGCCCCUGGUUUGGAGAAAAUUAGCUUUGUUUAUGCCCGGAUCCAUACGAAGCUAGCGAGAUUUCUCAUCCAUGUUCAACAGAGGCAUGAAAACUAAGCCAGAUUUAGGCAACUUGCAGAAUGAGAGACUCACCUCCCAUUCCCUGGGUCAAUUAACCUAAAAUUAACUCCAUCUGGCAAAAUAAAGAAGGAUAUACUUUUUUAUAACUUAUUUUUUUAUAUUUGUAAAUACAAGAUGUUUAUAGGAAAGUAUGUAUUCUAAAGCCACUACAACAAAAUAGUUCUAUUAUUUAGAAAGUGAUUUUUUUGUGGUGUAUUUUUAACAAAAAAAGGGACUAAAAUUGUAUUUAUUUAUAUAUUCCACUGCCAUGUCUGUCCAGUUUUUUUGGUAAUACUAAUCAGCUUUUAGCCUGGAAAUUCUAUACCAUGUUGAAUAUAUCAGUAUCAUGCUUUAAUCCAUAUUUAGUGAGUAUGUUUUCUAAUUCCAAGGUUAAUCAUCCGUUUUUACAAAUGGCUUCUUGUGUUAAAAAGUGAGAGAUGUAUAAGUUAAAAGAACCUCUAGAUUAGUUCAGGAUUUAUAUGCUCAGCAAUGCACCUGGACUGUAUUUGUACAGCAUCCUUUAAUAUUUGUAUACAUAUUCGCCAAUGAGGAAAAAAAGGUAUUUUUGCUUAUGACUAAUUUAUUUUUUACUAUUGUGAAAAAGUAAUAAAGACAUGAAAUAAAUGUC